AUUUACGAAUGCAAAUAGAAGACUCCUAUAAAGAAGCUAGAUAAAUUUUAACCUAAAACUUAGAAAAGGGAAGAGGAAAAUUAAGUGCCGAAGAAAAAUUAAAAUGUGAUAUUGCUUAGGCUUUAAUAUAUGAACAUGAUCAAAAAAGAUUAUAGGCUGCUUCUAUCUAUUAUAAUCUAAGUUAAAAGAACCCAGAUUAUUUAAAAAAAGCAAUCAUUAAUGGAUUAGCUGCUCCUGCUUCUGCAAAAAGACAAGCACUUCUCUUAACCAUUUAUAGGGAUAGUCGAAGUUAAAAAUCAAAAUGGCUUCCAUUUUUAAAAUCAAAGUAUGUCAAUGUAAUUUAAUUUAUGAUAGUGUUCAACAAGAUUUAUUAAAGUGGUCUGAUAUUGAAGAGUUUGCUAGAGAAACUUAAACUGAUCCCAAAUUAUUUUGUGAACAUAUUAUUACUGCUAUCAGUAGAUUCUAUAACAAUAUAUCCAUUAAUAAAUUGGCUCAAUAUUGUAAACUUAUGGAAGAUAAAGCCUAUUAACUUUUAGAGAACAUGAUUAUUACUGAAAGAUUACCAGCAUAUAUUGAUCAAUAAUAGGGAUAUAUCUAUUUUUAACAUAAAGAAUAAUCUACAAUAGAAGAAUUCUGUACAAAUUUAUACAGUUUAUUUUAAUGAAUAAUUAUCUACAC